AUGGCUCCGAAGGGAGGAAAUCAGGAUAAAGAGGAAAUAUGGCCGUACAAGAUCACAAUUGGAAUUUGUGCGAUGCACCGAAAAGCGACCAGCAAACCGAUGCGCGCAAUUAUGAAGAAGCUGAUUGAGUGUUAUGGGCAAUGGGUCGAUUUUUUCAUCUUUCCGGAACAAGUGAUUCUAAACGAACCAAUCGAAAACUGGCCACUUUGCCACUGUCUCGUCUCCUUUCAUUCUACCGAAUUCCCAUUGGAAAAGGCGAUUGCCUAUGUGAAACUUCGCAAACCAUACGUUAUUAAUAAUCUCGAUAGGCAGUAUGAUCUGCAUCCACGUCACGGGUAUGUGAUUCGUGGUCGGCCGAAUGAGCCGGAUACCGAGCUGGUUGAGCAUCCGGAUCAUAUCGAAGUCAAUGGAGAAGUGUUCAAUAAGCCGUUUGUCGAGAAACCGAUCAGUUCCGAAGAUCAUAAUGUCUAUAUUUAUUAUCCAUCGAGUGUUGGUGGAGGCUCACAGAGACUUUUCAGAAAGGUAUUUUUGACAGAGACAUCCUGUCACAAGAUAAAUAACCGAAGCAGUUGGUACUCGCCAAAAUCAGAAGUUCGGAAGGAAGGAUCGUAUAUUUACGAAGAAUUUAUUCCAGCUGAUGGUACAGAUGUUAAAGUGUAUGCAGUCGGGCCGUUCUAUGCGCACGCGGAGGCUAGGAAAGCCCCUGGAUUAGAUGGGAAGGUUGAACGAGACUCUGAUGGGAAGGAAGUUCGUUAUCCAGUGAUUCUGAGCAAUAAGGAGAAACAAAUCGCCAAGAAAAUUGUGCUGGCAUUCGGACAAACCGUUUGUGGAUUCGAUUUGCUUCGUGCUAAUGGAAAAUCUUAUGUUUGCGAUGUGAAUGGAUUUUCGUUUGUGAAAACUUCAACUAAAUAUUAUGAGGACACUGCCAAAAUCCUCGGAAACCAGAUCGUCCGUCAUUACGCUAAAACCAAAAACUGGCGACUGCCUCCCGAUAUGCCUCAACCACCAAUUCUAGAUCUUGGCCUUGGAGAUGAUCCACCAAUGAUCACAACGCCUUCUGGAAAACUCGCCGAGCUUCGGUGCGUCGUGGCAGUCAUCCGUCAUGGCGACCGUACUCCAAAACAGAAAAUGAAGUUGGUAGUGACUGAUGAGAGGUUCUUUGCGUUGUUUGAAAAAUACGAUGGUUAUAAGAAGAAUGAGAUCAAGAUGAAGAAGCCGAAUCAGCUGAUGGAGGUGUUGGAAUUGGCGAGAGCGUUGGUUUCUGAGAAACAGAAGCAGGGGAGGAAGCAGUUACUCGAGAAGAGAGCAAAGGGAAGCUAUUUAGCUUUAAAGGUGGGGGGACAGGAGAUUUUUCGUAGUUUUUUUGUAGCUAGAGUAUGCAUUCUACCGUCACGGUGUACAACGCUUAAUGUCACUCUGCGUACAGCUGUCGUCCUCGCCUUUAUGUAUGCAAUCGGUUUGAAUCAAAUGGAAAUUGAACAAGAACGUCAUAACCUAAUCACAUCGAUGCGAGAAACGACAGAUUCUGAAGAUAUUCACAAAACGGAGCAUGAUUUGGAAAUGUGUGAAGAGGAUGUGAAAAGAUGGGAACAGAUGCGGACGGUUUUGGAAAUGUAUGGUCACUUCUCGGGAAUCAAUCGAAAAGUUCAGAUGAAAUAUCUGAAGGAACGAGAGACAAAGACAUCGGAUGAGGAGUUGAAGAGAGAUGGAGCAGCACUGUUGCUCAUUCUGAAAUGGGGCGGAGAGUUGACCACGGCAGGUAAGGGAUUCAAAACCUUCAAUAGGCUCAAUGGUCCUUCCAAUGUUCCAGGUAACAUGCAAGCAGAAGCGUUGGGUCGUCUCUUCCGUACCCUCUACCCUGGAAUCCGUCGAACCGAUGGAAAAUCGUCUCCAGAAGACACUCAGGGUCUCGGAUUCCUUCGUCUUCAUUCCACGUACCGCCACGAUUUGAAGAUUUAUGCUUCUGAUGAGGGACGGGUACAAACUACCGCUGCUGCGUUUGCAAAAGGACUUUUGGCUUUGGAAGGAGAGCUAACGCCGAUUUUGAUGCAGGUACUGAGUACGGUAGAUUACUGUGUUUCACUAAAUUUUCAAUUUUUUCAGAUGGUGAAAAGCGCCAACACCGACGGCCUUCUAGACGAUGACUGCCAAGCGCGUCUCUAUCAAACUGAACUGAAGAGAUAUCUUCAUAAAGCCCUUCAAGCUGAUCGUGAUUUCACCCCGCAAGACUAUCUAGAAUUGAAUCCAAAUGGUCUUCGAUCAAUUGCAGCUGCUAUGGAAUUCAUCAAGAAUCCACGCAAAAUGUGUCAGGAGAUUGCUGGAUACGUGGAGAAGAUGUGCGGAGUGAUUGAAGAGUAUUCGCAGACGAAGCCAAGUGGAUCCACGUUGUAUCUUCAGGAAUCGAUGGAUCUGGCUCAGCGUCGUUGGAAUAAAGAACUUCGCGAGUUUCGUCGCAAGAAUAAGCACGGAGAAGUUGAAUUUGACAUUUCCAAAAUACCGGAUAUCUAUGAUAAUAUCAAGUAUGAUAUGGAGCAUAACCCGGAUCUUUGUAUUAAUAACGAAGUGGAAUUUGAACGAAUGUAUCUUUGUGUGAAGAAUAUGGCGGACAUUGUGGUUCCACAGGAGUACGGUAUCAAGACGGAGAACAAAAUGGUGAUUGCUCAGCGCGUGUGUACUCCAUUGCUCAGGAAGAUACGAAACGAUUUGCAUCGAUGUCUAGAAAAUAAGGAAUCCGAGGAGACGCAGACGAGGUUGGAUCCUAGAGCUUCACAAGGAAUUGCCACGCCUUUUCGGCAUGUGAGAACUCGAUUAUACUUUACCAGUGAGAGUCAUAUUCAUACUCUUAUGAAUUUGAUACGAUACGGAAAUUUGUGUUCUGUGGAUGAUAAAAAAUGGCAACGAGCGAUGAAUUUCUUGUCAGGAGUCACUGAAUUCAAUUAUAUGACUCAAGUGGUUCUGAUGGUCUAUGAAGAUUCUAGGAAAGAGAAAGACGAAAAUGACACUGCUCCCAGAUUUCAUAUAGAGAUUUUGUUCUCUCCAGGGCUUUAUCCAUGCUUCCUAACCGAGAAAGAACGCAUUUAUGAGUCUAGAUUCAAUUUAAGCACUAAUCCAAAGCCAGCCACGUCUUCCAAGUCUAGCAGAGAAUCCAGAGAUACCAAUGAUUCAGCCUCUUCUUCCACUGAAGGACGACGUCCGAGUACGGAGAAGUUGGUUACUGUAGUCACGCCAACUCAGCUGAGCACUCCUCAAGUCACCAAUGAUGACUUGUCCAUCAGUAGUAAUGCAGAAUCUACUGCAGCAGAAAGUACAGGAUUGCUUAACACAACCGGAAAAUCACACAACGACUCUGAAGACGAUCUGAAUGACGUGGAAUCGGUUAACCUGGUGGCGCUGGAUGAGCUGAAUAGCACCGCGAAGACUUUGACCGAAGACGGAAAAACGGCGAAACGGCAACGAAGUGUCACCGGAGCCGAGAAGUCGAUGGAGGAAGGAGACAAACCGCACGGAGAAUGGAAGGGCAAUCAAGUGGCGAAAAGUGGGAGUCAGGUGUCCGUCGGCUCGAACGAAAUGGAGUCCAACAACGAGAGCAUGGAGACGGUGGGUGCUGGAAAAGGCCAGUGGGUCAAAGACCUGUUGGAUCAAACGAAACGAGCGAUGGCGAUGAAUUCGAUUCGUGAAGUCGAACCAUCACCGCCCACGCAGGUUGUCGAAGAGGAAUCAACAUCAGCUACAGAACGACAAUCAAGAUGUCAGCGCGGUUCAUUCCAUGUCAUCGAACCACCACAAAUCGAAGAAAAAUCUCGUCGCUACUUUCCGUAUAGAUUCAAACAUCACACGGCUCAAUUGCUAACAGAUUUGGGGAUGAACGGUGGCGGAGUCCAUAUGCAGAAUCGCCUUAUCAGUACUGAUGUUCUCACUGGAAAGUUUGGAGAUCAUGACAAUAAGAAGAACCCGAGAAAAGAUUUAGAUUUCGGUGCUGGAACGGCCGUCUUAUCCACUGCCGUGAUUGCCAGAUCCUCGUCUGCGCCACGACUGAUGACCUAUGAAUCUGAUGAUUUCUCUGUUGGAGAAAUCAAACGCUUCUGGCCACCGCUUCGCUCACUGGAGACCCUUCACGACUCCAUUAACCUAUCCCAAUUCGAUGGAUUUCUUGAGAGGCUGAUCAAAGGAGCACUGACACCUCUUCCAUCUCCACCAAAGACUCCCCUUCCAACCGCCUUGUCUUGUGAUGCUAUCAACAAGACGCCGACGCAGGAUGAGGUGGAGCAGGUCAUCGGAAAGCUAGCACCUACGUCUAGUACAGAUUAA